AUGCGCGAGUACGCCCUCGACAUCGCCGACCUGGGCGACCUGCGCAAGUUUCAGCGCCGCUCGCCCUACAACAAUGAGCCCCCGAUCACGGUGUACCUGCGCAAGGACGUCGAGGCAAAAGCCCUUGAGAUCUGGGGCACCUGGGAGCGGCUGAACGGUGAGCUUCAGAAACGAAAAGAGAAGGAGGAGAACUACAGUGAGAGCUUACUAAUCGUCAAAAAGUACAACAAGGACUACCGACGGCUGAACACGCCGGAAGCCAAGCAACGCGAAGACACAAUGCGCGAGUCGGGCCGCGUCGUCCUCGCCGCCGUCGCCAUCAACGGGGCCAACUUCGUCCUCAAGCUCUUCGGCUGGCUCUACACCGGCUCGCACUCGCUCUUCGCCGAGGCGAUCCACUCCCUCGCCGACACAUGUAACCAGAUUAUCCUCGCCUUCGGCAUCCGCAAGUCGCUACAGGUGCCCAACAAGGAGCACCCCUACGGCUACCACCCGAUGCGCUACAUUGCCGCUCUCAUCAGCGGCGUCGGCAUCUUCUGCACGGGCACGGGCGUCUCCCUCUACCACGGCGUCCACGGCCUGCUACAUCUCACCUCCGAGAUGGCCCCCGACACCAGCUACUACUGGGCCUUUUUGCUACUUUUGGGCUCGCUCAUUUCGGAGGGCGGAACCUUGGUCAUUGCCCUGCAGGCCGCCUCGAGGGCCGCUCGCCAGCAGAACCUCCCCCUGAAGCGGUACAUCCUCCGCGGCGACGACCCCACCCUAAAUGUCGUUAUUUUGGAAGAUGCUGCUGCGGUCCUCGGCGUCCUCAUCGCCGGAAGUUGCAUGGGCCUCACCUCCUUCUACGGCAUGCCCGUCUUUGACGCCGUCGGCUCGCUGGCCAUCGGCGGCCUCCUCGGCGGCGUCGCCUCCUUCGUCAUCGUCUCCAACGCCGGCGCCCUGGUCGGAAAGUCCAUUGCCCCCGCCUCCCUCGCCACCAUCAACCGCUGCCUGGAGGCGGACGAGAUGGUGCGGGCGAUUCACGACGUGAAGGCCACUAACAUGGGCAACGAGGUGAUUCGCUACAAGGCCGAGGUGGACUUUGAUGGGCGGAAGCUGACCCGCAACUACCUCGACUCCGUCGACCUAGUGGCCCUGCAGCAGGAGCUGAAGGAGGUCGCCGAGGCGGGGGAGAACGGCAACCUCGAAUCGGUGGAGGAGUUUAUGCUGAAGCACGGGGAGAACAUCGUCGACCUCCUCGGAGCGGAGGUGGACCGCAUUGAGAAUGAACUGAAGCGGAAGCACCCCCAGGUGAGACAUGUCGACUUGGAGGUGCUGUAA